UCUUACCAUAAGAGGUCCGGUAGGAUGUGACACUCCAUUACCGACAAGGUGUCUAUAUAUACUCGGGGCUCUUGCUGAAUUAAUAUGUCAAGAUGAGUCCCAAAGCAAACUUCAGUCUUUGAUCUGGUGAUACCCACCUUUUUGGGACAAGCUUCAUCAAGGAACCUAGAACAAAAUGCUGCUGCAACAAGUCAUCGAUGUGCUGGCCACACACUGGCUCUCGGGCACCCUAGCCCUCGCCGCUGUGUACCUGGCAACGAGUUACAUAAUCAACUACCGUCGCCUCCGCAGGUUCCCCGGCCCGCCUCUUGGCUCCUUCUCAUACCUCUGGAUAGCCUACAAUGCCGUCAAGGGCCGUCAGGGAUCCAUUUUCUACGAGACCAUGAAGAAGUACCGCGUGCCGGAGCACUCGUUUGUCCGCAUCGGGCCCAACGACCUGAUAACCGACUCUCCCGAGGUGGCGCGGCACAUGUCGUCGGCGCGCUCCACCUACCUCCGCAGCAGCUGGUACCGCACCACCAAGCUCGACCCGUACGGCGACUCGCUUCUCAGCACGCUCGACACGUCCCACCACGACGCCCUCAAGGCCAAGGCCGGCAGGGGCUACGCGGGCCGCGACAACAAGAACCUCGAGAGCGACGUCGACGACCAGCUGCGAGCGUUGGUCCGCUUGCUGGAGCGCAAGUACCUUAGCAGCGAUCACGGCGGCGUCGGUGAUUUUAGGCCCGUCGACAUGGCCACUACCAUGCAGUACUUCACCCUCGACUCCAUCACCAAGCUGGCGUACAGCAACGCAUUUGGCUUCUUGGAUCUGGACACGGAUGUGCACGGGUACAUGAAGGCAAUCAGGGAUGUGGUUCCCCUAAUUAUCAUCUCGUCUGAGUGGCCGCUGGCGGGAAGUAUAUUCUUCAACCCGUUAUUCCUCAAGAUGGUUGGCCCGACACCUAAAGAUGAGUCGGGAGUUGGAAAGAUUAUGGGAACUCUAAGAGAAGUCGUAGCCUCGCGUUUCGGACCCGACGCCAAAGACCAGCCCGACAUGCUGGGCUCGUUUGUGCGCAACGGCCUAUCGCAGUACCAGUGCGAGCAGGAGGUCAUGCUGCAGAUCGUAGCCGGUUCCGACACGACGGCGACGGCGCUGCGGGGCACCCUGCUGCAGCUCUGCUCGACGCCCAAGGUUUACCUGAAGCUGCAGAAAGAGAUUGACGAGGCGGUGCGGUCCGGAAUGGUAGGCGAGGGUGUCAUCCCCUACGAAACAGCCAAGAAGCUACCCUACCUUCAAGCCGUCAUCUACGAAGGUCUACGUCUCAACCCGCCUUUCACCGGCCUCUUGAUGAAGCAGGUCCCACCGGGAGGCGACGAGAUAGAGGGCGUCUUCAUCCCCGCCGGAGUCCGCAUCGGCGUCAGCGCCAAGAGCAUCCAGAUGCGGCAGGACGUCUACGGCUACGAUGUCGACGUGUUCCGACCCGAGAGGUGGACCGAGUGUGACGAGCAGACGCGCAUGCGGAUGGCUGCAAACACGGAGCUUGUAUUCGGGUACGGACGGUGGAUGUGUGCCGGCAAGAACCUGGCUUUUAUGGAGCUCAAUAAGGUUUACUUUGAGUUGCUCCGACGGUUCGACUUCCAGGUCGUCGACACUAAGAAUCCGGUCAAAGAGGAGAAUUACAAUGUCAUGUUUCAUAAGGAUAUGUUUAUGAAGGUUACCAAGCGGGAACUUUAGGUCGAUUGUUAAUCAGGGUCCACAAGAAAUUGAUGGUCUCCAUGUGUAAAUGGUAUGGAUAUAUUGGUCAAAUGACAGAUGAUUACUAUUAUAGAUCUUUGAGGUGCCUUCACGACUACAAGGUUCAUUUUAGGUCUUUUCCUUUUGGGUCUUGGAGACAUAGUCAACAGCUCUACUCAAUAUUGAGCAACCCUUGACUUCCUACUACAAAAACGUCUUGGGAGCAAUUGAAGAUCAACAACGA